ACGUUGAACCGGAUAAGUGAAAAUGUCAUCAUCAAAUAUUUGAGUUUCCUGUGAGUUAAGAACAUGGGAAAAUGUCACAGAUAAAGCUUUUUGUAGGUAAUAUUUGAUCGUUUCUUUUAACAUUGUAAUUAGUGGCUACGUUAUCAAUACUGUGUCGUGAAAGAUGAAAUUCAAGAAUACAUAUUGAUUGAUCUAUCAGGAUUAUUUAAUUUCGUUAACAUAAUACACGGCAUGUAAAAAAUUAUCGAUACAUAAUUGUAACCUUAAUUUUCUUUAUACAAAAAUCUUUUCAUGUGAAAUAAGGUGUAAUAACACGUUUUAUUCCGAGAAACCUAACCUAUUUAACAAUGAAAUCGGGUACAACGGAUAAGAAUACGGGAUCUAUACUGUUGAAAACAGAAGAGAACGAGCAAGUCUUUCAAUUAAUAGGAAAUCGAUGUCAGUGCUUGGCAGCAGGAAUUAUACAGUUAUACUUAACUGAACCACCAUUUCAUAAAGAAUGGGUAAAAAAGAAUACUGGUAUAAUAACUCUAAUCAGAGAUAAUCCAAGACGUAGUUUUUUCUUGCGAUUAUAUUGUUUACAAAGAAGAGCCAUGUUGUGGGAACACGAAGUUUAUAAUUCUAUGGAUUAUAAAACACCCUUAGUUUAUUUUCAUACAUUUGAAGCUGAAGAAUGCAUGGCAGCAUUCAAUUUUGCAAAUGAAGUCGAAGCUAUCACAUUAAGAGAUAUUCUUCUUGAUAAAUUGAAUGCUAAACGACAGAAAAGACAAGAGAAACGAUCAAAGAUGGAAAUGGAAACACAGCAGUUAGUAACCUUACCGCGAAAAAGUAGAAGUAGCACAUCAUCAUUUGCAUUUACAACCGGUGCUACAUCGAAUACAUUAAAUGGGCAAACUACAGUUGGUGUUAAUAGAAGUGCUUCUAGUAGUUCUAUGUAUAAAAGUAAAAAGAAGAAAGGUGACAAAGAUUCAAGAAGAAAAUUGACUAAGGACGAUAUAAGCCUACCAUCUAAUUUUAGACACAUAGUGCAUAUGGGAUGGAAUGCUGAAAAUAAAGGUCUAGAAUUUGAUGCAGUUAAUCCAGAGUUAAAAAAGUUUUUUGAUAUGGUAGGUGUUUCUGAGCACCAACUGAGAGAUCAAGAAACGCGUGAGUUUAUUUAUAACUUUAUUGAGUCACAUGGUGGGAUGAAUGCUGUUAAAGAAGUUGUUUUACCAUCAACUAAAUCAAGAAAUACCAACCAACCUCCUGUAUUACCACAACGUCAAGAAUAUCCUCCACCGGUACCAGCUAGAACGAUAACAACAAGGAGUGCUCCACCAUUACCUCCGACUCGGUUCAAUACUCCAAUUACAUCUCCAAAUACAUCAUCUACUGCCCCACCAGUACAUAGAUCAGCACCGUCACGUCCACCACCGCCCUCUGUUACUCCAGCACCUUCCCUACCACCUCCACCACCUCCACCUCCACCUUCAUCUGCCCCAACACCUCCAUCAAGAAAUAUCUCAAGUGGUCCAGUUCCACCUCCACCACCACUGCCUAACAGUAUUGAUAUGGAUAUUGCAAAGGUCAAUGCAAAUGCCACAAAUAACAACAACGAGGAGAUCACUGAUCUCAGGCCAAUGCUAAUGGAGUCUAUCAGAAGCGGCGGUACUACAUUGAGAAAAGUUAGUAAAACAGAAACAAAACCACCUCCAGUCAAUGAUUCCAGAAGUGAUUUAUUAGAACAAAUUCGUCAAGGAAUAGAAUUAAGGCCUGUUCCUAACGAAGUUAAAUCUACUCCUCCACCAGCUUGUCAAGGUACUAGCUUAGCUAGUGCACUCACCAGAGCUUUGGCAGAACGAUCUCGUGCAAUUCACAGUGAAAGUGAUGAAUCAACUAGCGACACGAGUGAAGAUGAUGACUGGGAUGAUUAAGUCAG